UUGAAGCCGCUUUUAUUUGUCAAACACGUGACACAAAGCCCCGACAUUUACAAUACACACACAUCUGGACAGUUUAAAGUGAUUGAUACUAAUUAUAUUGUAGGAUAAAGUUUAAUAUGUUGAUAAAAGGAUUACAAUUAUAAAUUUAAAAAAUGUGGAGUCGCGGAAGACAUGGCUCUGAUCAGAAAGACAACAUACAACAGUUAGCAUAUCGUCAAAGCUAUUAUGAUAAAACUGGUUACUAUGACAACCGGAGUUUUGACGAUGAGGCACAACCGCCACCAGUCCGCUACAAUGGCGACAGUGGAGACGGUGUUGGUCGAUACAGGAACAGAUCUCCAUCCACACAGAGAAGAUCUUCUAGAAGUUCUAACAAACGAGGAUGUAGCUUAAAAUCUGUGGCAGUCUUUGUUGGCAUAGCAACGUUUGUGUUAAUCAUUGUGUGCGUUGUCAUAGGGGUGGUUGUAGGGGCAUUUGAUAGCAAAGAAUCUGAAGAUUCACCUGAAAAAGCCACGAGACAGGUGAACCUGACGGGUGAUGUGAUACUAGCAGACACAGAAUGGUCAUCAGAUCUUGAUGUAAAAGACUCGAACCUGUACAAACAAACACAAGACAAAUUUAUUGCUGAUAUGGACAAACUAUUCAAAGCUGAUUCAACUACAAAGGAUAUAUAUAGUAAAACAGAAGUUGAGGAAUUCAGACCUGGAAGUGUAAGGGUGAUAUUUGUGAUCAUCUUAAAUGUUCAAGUCGACACUGCUGAUACAGAUUUGAUAAAGAUAUGUAUUACAGUUCUUAAAUCAUCAAAUAAAAUAAAGCAAGACAGUGUUUUAGUUUAUGUAGGUGCAGCACAGCCGACAUCGACCCUUAGUUCACAAGUCACAAAUCCAACAACGAGAUCAGUAACGACACCUUCUAAAACAACUGGAGAAAUUACAUCAACAUCCGUACCAAGUACGACUUCUCAAACAACGACAACACCUGGUCAAACGGCACCAAACACAGCAUCAUCCUCAGAAUUAACCACGCAGACGACAAUGACGUCAUCAACAGCAGCGCCACCUGGAGACUGUCUAGGUAACGAGUUCCGGUGUGUAUCUGAUGGAGAAUGUAUACAGGGAGACUGGCAGUGUGAUGACUGGGACGAUUGUGAUGACGGCUCCGAUGAGGAGGGAUGUGGAUGUGGGGAGGAGGAGUUUAAAUGUACCGAUGGAACAUGUAUACCUCUAUCACAAAGAUGUGACGGGAAACCACAUUGUGCAGACUUUAUAGAUGAAGAAGAUUGUAAACCACGAACUGUUGAAUGUGAAGAAGAAGAGUUCAAAUGUAUUAAAUAUGAGGAAUGUAUAAACAGUAGUAAAGUAUGUGAUGGUGUAAAUGAUUGUAGAGAUAAAAGUGAUGAAUGGUUCAUGUGUAACACCACGGACACUCCCUGGGAACCUGUUGAUUUGGAGGUGAGGUUGAUAGACAGAGGUAAAGAGUCGAUGGAGAGAGGUCGUGUUGAGGUUAGAGGAAAUGGUACAACGGAUGCUUUUGGUACAGUAUGUGGUGACAACUGGUCAAUAGAGGAGGCCAUUGUUGUAUGUAAGAUGAUAAACUCCAGUUUCAGUGGUAAUGUAUAUGCCUACAAUACGGCUGUGUUUGGGGAAGGUAUGGGUCCGAUCCUGAUGUCAAGAGUGAACUGCCAGGGCGAUGAAAGUAAUAUAGGACAUUGCAAAUCAAAUGGGUUUGGAUAUGGGCGUGUCCACUGUGCUCAUAGCCAGGAUGCCGGUGUUUCUUGUGAUGGAAUUGAGGUAGCAGCAAGUCCUGCUCCAGCCAUUGUGACACCGGACGUCCGUCUGGUCAAUGGUGACACAUGUUUGGAGGGGUUGUUGCAAGUCCGUUAUAAUGACGAAUGGCGUUUUGUCUGUGACGAUUAUUUUGACAGUCGUGACGUCACAGUUGCUUGUAGAAUGCUUGGCUACAACGCCAGGCCAGGUUAUGUAGAUGAUAGGUUUGGUAUCGGAGACGGUGUUUUCUGGCUGGAUCAGGUGGACUGUCGAGGAGAUGAGCAUCAUAUUGCCAACUGUUCCAGUAACCCCUGGGGUGAUCAUGAUUGUGCUUAUUAUGAGGCAGUCGGCAUUGUAUGUGGCGGGGAGCCAUCGAUCGACUGUGCUGAGAAAGGAGAAUGUAUCUCUAACGUUACUUGUACAUUUGAUUACGGUAACUGUUGUUACCAGUUUCUUGAUCCGGGCACCAGUGGUAAAGGUAGUACACCGUGGGUGAGGCAUAGAGCGUCACAGAUACGACAAGUUGACCAUACACAGAAUAAUAGACAAGGGUUGUUGGUGUAUUAUAGAAAUAUAUUUGGCAACGCAGACGACUUUGCAUAUCUGAAGCUCCCACCUAUAACAAGGACGGAUACCCCACAAAAACUUGAAUUUUACUAUUUCAUUACCUCCCUUGGGAAAGGUUCUUUUUCGUUGGAGUUGGAUACAGAUGAGCGUUCUCUAGUAUGGGAGUCACGUGUUCUCACACCGGAAAUGGAUAGUAUCUGGACAUACGGCUGCUUGGACGUUAAUACAGCAUCUUCUACAGACGAAGUGAAUGUGCAGUUUGUAGGUCGACGUGGUGCAACAAAUACUAGAGUUAUUGCCCUUGAUGACGUAAAACUGUCAGAAGGCCGAUGUCCAGAUAUAUCGACUACCAAGUGUGAUUUUGAUGAUUUCACCUCGUGCAAUGCUAGAAUACUGUGUGAUAACUGUGAAAAAGAUUACAGAUGGCACUGGACCAACAAUUCUCAACUGCUCACGGAAAAUGAUCAAAUAUUAAAUGGAUCAGGAUAUUACGUGUACUCAGAUUCGUCAUAUGGUAGAGAUGGAGAUGUUGCUAACAUAGACUUUUUUCUCACCUUGCACACUGGAUCAAAGAGAGGAGUUACAUUUAGAUACCUAUAUAUUCACCAGGAAGAUUUUAAAGAUAGGCUAAAGGUCUCAAUGACGGCAAACUCUCAGUCGUCAUAUGUCUGGACCAGCAAAUCGUCAGCAGAAGGAGGAAAAUGGAACCACGCAUGCGUGAACAUUCCGGAUAUAGAUGGCGCCGUGACUGUUUCAUUUGAAGCUACACGUGGGAGUAACAGAUUUGGAGAUAUUUUCAUUGAUGAUGUUGAUAUGAUUCAAUUUUGCAAACAUCCUGCGACAUGUGAUUUUGAAACAGAUAAUUGUGGAUAUGAGGUUAAUGCAGUUAAGGAAGAUAUUUAUACAUGGGAUCAUAGUAAAAACUCAGGGAAGUACAACAUUGAAGAAGAAAAAGAUAUUCGUCUUGUUGGUGGAGAAGUACCUUAUGAAGGAAGAGUGGAAGUCUUACAUAACGGAGAAUGGGGUACAGUGUGUGACGAUGGAUUUGAUAAGAAUGCUGCCAUAGUAAUAUGUAAAGAACUUGGAUACGGUUUUACCGACGUAACUGCCUUCACAGAGGCUCAUUUUGGUGAAGGUGAAGGUUACAUCUGGAUAGAUGAGGUGGAAUGUCUUGGUACGGAAGAUAGUAUUAGACAAUGUUCAUUUAAUCCGUGGGGCGAUGAGGACUGUGCUCAUUCUGAGGAUGCCGGUGUUAGAUGUGGUGCACCCAGUGACAGUUCACUGCAAAUGACAGGAAACUAUUUUCGGGUAUUUGAUACAGACGCUCCAUUUGGAACAUGGGCGCAAUUAUUGUCACCAAGAUUUGAUAUAAAAGAAAUGCCAUACAAAUUAUCAUUCCAAAUGUCAAAGACAGGAACAGGCGUUCUGCAGGUAUAUCUUCUUGACGAGGGAAACAUCAAAUAUCCUUUGGACAUAUCAAACUCAGAUUAUGAAGAUGAUACUAACACCGUAGAAUCGGUAUGCAUUAACUUGAAUGACCUGAAUAUUGUGGACGCUCGACUUGUGUUUGAAGCUACAAAGGGACGUUUGCUGGGUAUUCAAGGAAGUGAUAGAGAUACAGACAUUUUUGCUGUUGAUGAUAUAGAUAUAUCCGGCGGUCAUUGUCCAGAUGUAUAUAGCUGUACAUUCGAACACGAGCAUCGUUUGUGUAAUUACCAAAUCGUUGAUAACUACAAUGACAAUAAUUUGUGUGAACCAGCUUACACGUGGAAACGACGAGGUGGUAAACACGACUUGCAUGGAUUCGUAGAUCAUACGUACGGCGAUAUAUCUGGUAAAGUUAAAUAA